AUGCUGCCGCUGCUCCUCGCGCUGGUACUCGCGGGCAACGCAGCGGCCGAUUUGGACGCCACCCUCAUCCGCGAUGCCUCGCUCACCACGCCGGAGCUGAUCGAGGCGUACGGCUACCCGUCCCAGACGCACACGGUGCAGACGGAGGACGGCUACAUCCUCUCCCUCCACCGCAUCCCGCACGGCAGGAGCAGCAACGCCACCGGGGAGCCCGUCUUCGUGCAGCACGGCCUCCUCAGCUCGUCCGCUGACUGGGUGCUCACGGGCCCCGACCACGCCCUCGCAUACAUUCUCGCGGAUGCUGGUUAUGAUGUGUGGCUAGGCAACUUCAGAGGAAACACAUAUUCUCGGCAACAUGUUCGAUACACAGCCGAUGACAACGAAUUCUGGAACUUCAGCUGGAACGAGAAUGGAAAGUUCGACCUGCCUGCCAUGAUCGACUACGUGUUGAACUACACCGGUAAGGAGAAGCUGUAUUACGCCGGCCACUCCAUGGGCACGACUUCUUUCUUCGUGCUUAACUCUCUCAAGCCCGAGUACAACGACAAGAUCCGCCUCAUGUUCAGCCUGGCGCCCAUCGCAUUCAUGAACCACGUGACCAGCCCUUUUCUCAAGGCGCUCGCCUGGUCCUACGAAUUCGAUGAGAUCCUGUGGGAUGAUUUGGGCUUAUACAAGUUUUUCACGAACUCGGCCAUUUUGAAAGCGGCAGGAGAAGACCUUUGCGAAGACGGAGCUGUUACGCAGAGCGUGUGCAGCAAUAUCCUCUUCUUGACGGUCGGCUUCGAUACUACGAAUUUGAACAAAACGCUACUUCCUGUGAUCUUAGCUCACACUCCAGCCGGAGCUGCGGCCAAACAGUUCCUCCAUUACGGUCAAGAGGUGGUUUCAGCUCAUUUCCGGCAAUGGGAUUACGGGCUCUUCAGCAACAUCGCCCACUAUGGUAGAACUGCGCCUCCUGACUAUGAUCUGAGUGCGGUCACGGCUCCUGUGUUCUUGUUUUACGCAGACAACGACUGGGUAUCAAAUAUUGUGGAUGUCACAAAGCUGAACGCAUCACUGGCUAAUCCCGUUACUAUGUAUCACGUCGAUUGGCAACCUUACAAUCAUCUAGAUUACCUAUGGGGAAUUCAUUCCAAAGAGCUUGUGUAUGACGUUAUGUUGAAAUACAUGUCCAAUUAUUAA